GGCUCACAGUGACCAUCGUUAUUCUGCCCAUCCCUAACGAUUUGUUAUUUUGGUAUUUUUAGAAGUAUUUUGUCGCAAGUGGACUAGAGUUUGGUUGUUGCUGCUGGCAGAUGAGCCUGGGACCAUAAAUAUGGAUCUGAGCGAUAAUCAACUGGAGGAUCAAUCCGUCAUAUACAAGCACGAGCAGCUGUUUAGCGAGAGUUUUCCGCUGUUCAAGGAGAUACGAAGACUGGGAAAGCUGUGUGAUGUCACACUGAAGGUUGAAGAUCAGACAUUCUCGGCCCAUCGAGUCGUUCUAGCUGCCACAGUACCAUAUUUUUAUGCAAUGUUCACGAACAACAUGGCGGAGAGUCGUAUCCGGGAAAUUACCAUGAAGGAGAUUGAGCCCAGCGCUCUGGAAAGUCUGAUCAAUUAUGUGUACAGUGGCCAGGUUCGAAUCGAUAACCAAAAUGUUCAAAGCCUCAUGGUUGGCGCUUCGUUUCUGCAACUGUCCAAUGUGCGCGAUGCCUGUGCUUCUUUUCUCAUCUCCCGCUUCCAUCCUCAUAAUGUGCUGGGCAUUCGCACCUUUGGUGACUCGAUGAUCUGCCGGCAGUUGACUGAUGCUGCAGAUAAGUACAUUGAUCAAAACUUUGCAAAGGUUUCCCAAUCCGAGGAGUUCCUGGCACUUGACUGCGAACAGCUAUUGGAGCUGAUGCGACGGGAUGAAUUAAAUGUGCUCAAUGAGGAGGUGAUAUUUGAAGCUUGCAUGCGUUGGGUUAAGUUCGCCGAAGAGAAACGCUCUGAGCUCUUUCCGCAAGUACUGGCGGCAGUGCGCCUGCCUCUAUUGUCACCUCAAUUUCUGGCGGACCGUGUGGCACGGGAGGAACUCAUCCGCUCAUCACACCAAUGCCGUGACUUGCUAGACGAGGCAAAAGACUUUCAUUUGAUGCCCGAGCGCCGAGGCUUGCUUCAGAGCUUUCGUACUCGCCAACGGUGCGGUGAGUUCUUUACGGGCCAAAUUUACGCCGUAGGUGGAUUAGCCAGCACCGGUGAAUCCGUCAGCACUGUGGAAAUCUACGAUCCCAUUAAAAAGAAAUGGAAAAUGGGUGAACAAAUGUCCAUGAUGCGCUCCAGAGUGGGUGUGGCUGUCCUAGACGGCAAGUUGUACGCAUUCGGUGGCUUCAAUGGCACCGAACGGCUAUCGACAGUGGAAGUCUAUGAUCCUCGAAAAAACAAAUGGUCUCAGGGCUGUGCAAUGUUGUGCAAGCGCAGCGCCGUAGGUGUCGCCGCUUUGGAUGAUUGCAUUUACGUUUGUGGUGGAUACGAUGGGGUUACGUCGCUCAACACUGUCGAAGUUUACUACCCCAAAAGUAAUACGUGGAAAACGGUGGCCCAAAUGAUGAAAUAUCGUUCAGCGGGUGGAGUAACGCAAUUGAAUGGUUAUAUCUAUGCGUUGGGAGGCCACGAUGGAUUGUCAAUUUUUGAUUCUGUAGAGCGUUAUGAUCAGAACGAGGAUGUCUGGAUCAAGAUGGCACCGAUGCUCAAUCGACGAUGUCGCUUGGGAGUGGCCACACUCAAUGGAAAAAUAUAUGUCUGUGGCGGGUACUGUGGUAACUCAUUUCUGCGUUCCGUGGAGUGCUAUGAUCCCCUGACAGACACUUGGAAACUGGUGACGCCCAUGAACUGUAAAAGAUCUCGCGUAGCGUUGGCUGCCAACAUGGGCAAACUGUGGGCCAUUGGUGGCUAUGACGGUGAAACGAAUCUUUCCACCGUUGAAGUCUACGACCCGGAGACCGACAAAUGGACCUUCAUGCCCCCAAUGUGCGCACACAGCGGUGGUGUUGGUGCUGGAGUAAUCCGCAUUGAUUAGCUUGCCUAGCCAAAAAUUCUUACAUAGUUAUUUGAUUAGUUAAUUUAUGCAAUUAUAUACUAUUAUAGUCUAUUAUAUAUCAGUGUGCAAGUAAGCUUUAGUGGUGCUUCAGCCACCGCUUUACUUUUAAAAUUGUUUAAUGCGUCUUUCAGGAUAGCUAAGUGAAUUACAUUCCAGUUGUAUAUGUUUGUUAGUGUGUAAAUUAUUCCUAGCCCACAAUACUCAUUAAAUUGUAAACAUUGAACA